AGCUGAGAGGAGACAGAGGAGGAGAGAGACGACGAGAGGCAGAAACAGUGACAGACAGAGGCGGGAUUCACCUGACCUGAAGAAGGGAGGGAAGCACCACCACCAACCACACAAUCACACACUAACACUCAACACACAACAUACAGACACACACAUACACACACACACACACACACACACACACACACACACAUACACACACACACACACACACACACACACACACACACAGUGACAGCAGGGAAAGGCAGUGAGAAGCAGCAGAAAGCCUGACCAGCAGCCAUGACAGACGCCGACUCACUAAGUGAAGCACUGAAGGCCAUCAGUGUGAGCACAGAACUGAUUGAAGAGGAGCUCAAGCCUCAUUUGGACACAGUGCUUGCAGCGCUGCUGGAAAAGAAGAAAGAUGCUGCUAUUGAAAUCACCCGAAGUGGAAUUCUACCCACAUUGGCUCAGGCCCUGCGGGAAAAAGGCCGCUUGAGCUGCCAGGUGGUGCUGGUCAUCGCUGAGAUGGCCCGAGAUGCUGCAGUGAGAGAGCCAUGCAUCGAGGCAGGACUGGUGAAGGAGCUGGUUCCAUAUCUGAACAGCAGUGACCAGGAGAUGCUACUGAACACUGGGCGGGCCAUCGGUCGCAUCUGUUUUGACAACUCAUAUCAACAGGACCAGUUGGUUCAAAGUGGUGUAAUCCCCAGACUGGUGUCCAUAAUGAGGACGUAUCCAGAAAACGAUCCCCUGGUUAAUGUCUGCCUGCUGGCCCUCUGUAACCUAGCUGAUAUAGAGUCUGCAAGGGAGGCCCUGACAGAGCAGGAUGUGGCAGAUGUUCUGAUCUUUCAGCUCAAACGGUCACCUGAUGCUGAACGUCGACAUGUUGUUCUGGAAAUACUGGGCUCACUUGGUGAAAGUGAUACACUGAAACUGCAGUUUGCAGAGUCAGGAGUACCAGAGGCUUUAUCAGAGAUGAUCCGGAAUCUGCAGGGAGGUUCUGAUCCCCAUGACCUUUGCAGCAUUAAGAUUGCCUCCAACCUCAUAGUGUCUCUGCUGUUAGGGGACGAGUCUAUGCAGAAGUGUUUUGGUGAAGGCUCUGGUGUCGUGUACCAGGAUGUUCUGUCAUGGCUACAGAGCACCAACACUCAGCUGCAGCUCUCCGGAGCCCUGGCCAUUGCCAAUUUCGCCAGGAAUGACAGUAACUGUGUGAAGAUGCUGGACCUCGGUGUGGUUCCUCAUAUCCUCACCUUAUUGGAGCAGCAUGUCGUUGAGGGAGAUGUAUCUGUGCAACAUGCUGGACUGAGCGCACUCCGAAACCUGGCAAUUCCUGCCACUAACAAAGUGCGGAUGCUGGAGGAUGGAGUCAUGGAGAGGAUAAAGACUCUGUUGCGAUCAGACAUGCCACCAGUUCAGUUCAAACUACUGGGAACGCUACGCAUGAUGGUGGAUGGACAAGAGGAAGCAGCAAUGGUCCUGGGCAGAGAUGCUACACUUCUGGCUCGGGUCAUGGAGUGGUGUGAAGCCAAAGAUCAUGCAGGUGUCCGAGGAGAAGCCAGCCGCCUACUGGCUGCUGUAAUUCGACACAGCCGCAGCCCUGAAGUUGUUCGUGCUGUUGCCAAAGCAGAUGGGGUUCGGCACCUUAUUUCCAUGGCAACAAGUGAACAUGUCAUCAUGCAGAAUGAGGCUCUGGUGGGCCUUGCAAUAGCAUCAGCCAUUGACAUAGAGUCCAUGAAGGAUCCAAUCCGUGAGGCACAGCUGUUCCCCAUGCUGAAGAAGAUGUUGGAGGAUCCUACAGGGGCGGUUGAAGUAAAGUUCAGUGUUUUAGGUCUUAUCUGCAGCCUGAGUACCAUGAAGGAAGAGCUGGACUCUGUGAAUAUAAAGGAAAGCCUCACUAAACUGACUGAUCACAGCAGCAGUAAACUGGCGCAGCAGGCCAGCUCCAUCCUCACCAUGCUGGGUGAAAGCAGCUAAAGGAGCAUCACAUGCUGAGUGAAGAAGCCCACUGUCCGUCUGUACGGAGUAUUCCAGCUUACACAGUGACAUAAUUUAACUCAAAUGAUCUCACUGCACAAACACUGAAUAUUAUAGCUGUUUAUUAAAGAAUAAUAAACCAUAACUCAGUCCCCAUCUGUGCCCUCCUGAGGCUAAUAUAUUCACAGAACAAUUCUUGAAGCCUUAAGAGACAAUACAUAUGUUCUGGAAAAGAAGCUGUGUCUGUCUGUGGAUGAUUUUUUUCUGGAUAUCUUCUCCAAAGUCUUCAAUACAAAAUGCUGCUGUUUAUCAGAA